AUGCAGGCCACCACUGCAGUGGAGGCGGCUUCUGGUAGCGGCGCCCGCAGCGAUGGAGGAAGCGUCCGCAGAGAUGGGCCUUCUAAUCCUAAGAAAGGAAAUUUGUCAUCUUCCAGUGGUUAUAAUGAAGCCAAAUUGACUUUUCGUGAUGACGACUGGGAUUCCUUGGCACAAGAUCAAAUUGCUGAUGACAAAGACUUGAGCAGUACUGACCAAGCACAGUCACUGCAGCCGUCUCCUCCUGCAGCUGCAGGCGCCAGCCUAGAGCAUGCCAGCCCUCGGUCACGGGAGUUUGCAGACAGUGCCGACUGUGUGUUCUUGAAUGAAACAUACUCUGUCCCUUAUGCAGAGUCAAAACUAAGGAAUGAAAAUGUUAUUCUGUUAAAUUCAGAAUUAGCUUCUGAAAUGCAGGAAAGAGAGGAGUUGUUUUUUGAUGUUUUGGAACAUAGUAAGAUUCUUGGCUUAGAAGGAAGCUACAAGAUUUCAGAUGACGAUUAUAAAGAAACCGCCGAAGAGGUGCAGAAGCAUGGCAGAGAUGAAGACUCGCAGCAGGAGUAUCCCAGUGAGGAAGAGCAAGAAUAUCUGAGCAGCCACUUCUCUUUUGACAGAGCAAAAACAUCAAGUGUAUCCGAUCUGGAAGUGGUUGGGCUAAGAGAUCCAGGUUGUGAAGGUAAACACGCUGGCAGUCCGGAAGCUAAUCAUGCUAGGUUAGAAAGUAGCUCUGGCAUCUCUUUAGGUUCAGUUGAUGUUUAUGGACAAGAAGAUUCACCUUAUGUCUCCAAAUUUCAGAAUUCUGUUACACUAGGUGAGUACCAUAAACCAAAGCAUGAAAAGUGUCAGGAACGAGAGACUAGUUUAAUGUACCACACAGUAUUUGAUGAAAUUAUACUAAGCAGUAGCCCUCCCGAAAACCAAGAAUCUCAAUCUAACAGCAGUUUCUUAAACCCUCAACAAGCAUUAAAAACUAAAAUUUACACUGGCAAAAUUAAAUCUCAAGUAACUGAAACUAAAGACUUUUGUGGAAAUAUGACUGUUGAGAACAAAAUGUUACAACAUCUUGAAAAUCCUAGCAUAUUACCCCGGGACAAAGCUUCGGAGGCAGUGCCACAACCCUCUCAAGGUAGUCAGUCUUCCUGUUCUCUGUGUGACGACUCGGCACUUUCUACCUGUGAACGUUCGUCCUACGUGAGCCUGCCAGACACUCCGCACUCAGCCCCGGGUUCUCCUCCCCCGCCGCCCAGGACUGGGGGCACAGGUGCUCGGGGCGCAGAAGACGACGGCUCCCUAGAAGGUGCUGCCGGCCAGGCGUCCUUCCUCGGUGUGGAAGGAGCGCGCCCCGACCCCGUGACGGGGUCGCUGCGGCGCACUCUCACCGUCAACCAGACAGUGGACGUGAGCUGCGACUUCAGGGCCUGCUUCACGACCAGCCGCGCGACGACGGCCAGGCCUCCCGUGGUGUCCACGUCCAGCAACACGGACAUAACGAUGAUGAACAAGAGGCGCCCCGGCGAGUGUCAGAAGGGGAGGCACCGAAGCGUGGCCUGCAACACAGACUGGUCCUACUGUCCGGGCAGCGAGGACACACAGGUGGCCGUGACAAAAGGGCCCCUGGGAAAAGCCUUCUCGGUUGACAGUGUAAAGCCCAGUGGAAAUUUUCUAAAUAAGGAUUCCCUGGAAUUAAGAAAAACACUUGCUAUUACAGAAUUAAAGAAACAUCCUGAGAGGGAACCUCAACUUUCUAAAGACAGGGAGAAGAAUUUGCCGUCAAAGUGCUGUCAGAAAAUAAUGCAGAGAGCCGUCAAAGCAGAGUUGCAGCUUUUAAACGUCCACUACCAGCUGUGUCAUGGCCACUGCAGUGAAAUCUACAGGCUCGUGACGGAGGACAGGGAAGGGCUCAGCAGGGAUUUACCGGCCAGCUCCGUGAACAAGGAGCUGGGGUCGGCGCUGCUGUCUGUGCUGGGGGACCUGAGGGUGAAGUACGUGAGCCUGAAAGAGAAGAUAAACAAGGGCGUGCCCCUGGAGGAGCUGCCCCCGCUGUCCGUGGAGUCGAAGCUGUUGUCUGCCUUCUCCACCUUCGCUGCCAGGCUCAUGAAAAAAGAAUCACAUGUCUUUUCAGGAGCAGAUUCCGAACUAGAUAAUCAGAUAGUAUGUGAUGUUGACGUUUCCUCAAGCCUAAAAAGGACGCUCUCUCAAGUGCCUCUGUUGUCUGAUAACAGUCACCCUAAUGAAGGCACCUCGCCCAAGGAAGACGGUUUGAAAAAUGGCGAUAUAGAUGGAUACUUCAGUCAACUGAAACUUGAUGACAAAGAUUGCAGAAACCACCCAGACGUGAGCGAGGACUGGUUCGAUGCUAAGGAGAGCCUGGCGGGAGCCGACUGCCCGGGAGACAGCUGGCCGGGGCAGGACGGACGGGGCCUGGGGUGCGCGCCCGCAGAAAUCAAGAAUGUUGACCCCUUACAAAGAGAGAAGAGUUACUUGGUACAUGUGGGUGGUCUCUGCCCUUCAGUGUCUGAGGCUGAUUUAAGGUAUCAUUUCCAGAAAUACCAACUUUCUGAGAUUUCCAUUUACGAUUCUUCUAAUUACAGAUACGCGUCUCUUGCUUUUAAAAGAAACAAUGACGCCAAGUCUGCUGUGAAUGAAAUGAAUGGGAUGGAAAUAAAUGGCAAACCAGUAAACGUGCGACUGGUUAAAAGUCCUGGAGAAUAUGUAUCACCACUUUCCUCCAAAAAUGGAAGGAGAAUUAGUUUGAAUAAUUUGGAGAAAAGCAUCAACAAAGAAAUCAACUCAGCUUCCUGUAUUUCUAGAUUGCCCAGAACCAGGCCACGGCAGCUGGGGUCUGAGGAAGACAGUGAAUCUUUCCAUUUCGACCAGGGUGUCAAGAAGAAGAAUUGUAAACAGACUGAAUCUACUAAACCGUUACCUGACACACCUUUGCGAUUCACGCCUCCAAACACGCUGAACCUGCGCAGCUUCACCAAGAUCAUGAGGAGACUCGCUGAGCUGCACCCCGACGUCUGCAGAGACCGCAUCGUAGAUGCCCUUCAGGCAGUGAGGAUGAGUCACAAAGGGUUUCUGAAUGGCUUGUCUAUUAACACCAUUGUGGAGAUGACUUCAUCUGUGUUGAAAAACUCUACUUCCAGUUAG